GGAGGGGCUUCGCCUCGGGCGUCCGAGUGAUUGGCUGCCCGGGGCCCCUGGCGAGGGCUGUGUGGUCCAGCCCGGGCGGAGAGGGGCGGAGCGGCCACUGUUCCAACCACAGCCACCACCGCCACAGUCGCCCGCCGCCGCAGCCUCGGCCGCUGGGCAAGUCUCCGAGCGGCGGCUUCUUGGAUCCCCGACGAGGACUGGGGCGCCACGCUCUGUUCACUCCGCGCCGAGCCAUGCUGGCCACGCGCGCGUAACCACCGAGCCCGGCAGCCCCGACCCGACCCGGUACCGUUCCUCGCCUCAGCCCAGCUCUCCGCGCACGCGACUCCCUCGGUCUCUGCCGGUCCCUCGCGACCAUGCCCCGGGCGGCUGCUCUCGGGGCCCUUGGGCCGCUGCUGCUGCUGCUGCUGCUGCCGCUGCCCCGCGACGCCGAGGGCCUUGGGGGGCGCUCGGACGCAGCCUCGGACUACUCCGCGCUGGAGGGCGAGGAGGGCGCGGAGCAGCAGCUGGAACAUUACCACGACCCGUGCAAAGCCGCUGUCUUUUGGGGAGACAUUGCCCUAGAUGAAGAAGACCUGAAGUUAUUUCAGAUUGACAAGACCCAAGACUGGAUCAAACAGUCAGUUGAGAAAACGGGACAUCGAACAGGUGGACUUGAAGACCAGUCAUUCGAGAGCUGGCCGAAUGCUACAGCCGCGAAUGCCAGCAGUGAGGACACUAGAAAGGAUGGCGAGGAGAACGCCAUGUUUCCGCAGAGCCCUGGGACCUCGAGUGCCAGAGCUGAGACCUUCUCUUCCCGGGUCCGAAGAGCCACAACCUCAAGGACGGAGAGAAUAUGGCCCGGGGGGGUCAUCCCCUACGUCAUUGGAGGAAACUUCACAGGAAGCCAGAGGGCCAUUUUUAAGCAGGCUAUGAGACACUGGGAGAAGCACACCUGUGUGACCUUCGUAGAGAGGACGGACGAAGAGAGCUUUAUUGUGUUCAGUUACAGAACCUGUGGCUGUUGCUCCUAUGUUGGGCGCCGAGGAGGAGGCCCACAAGCCAUAUCCAUUGGGAAAAACUGUGACAAGUUUGGCAUUGUGGCGCACGAGCUGGGCCAUGUGGUUGGGUUCUGGCACGAACACACCCGGCCAGACAGAGACCAGCAUGUCACCAUCAUCAGAGAAAACAUCCAGCCAGGUCAGGAGUAUAAUUUCUUAAAAAUGGAAGCUGGGGAAGUGAGCUCUCUCGGAGAGACGUACGACUUUGACAGCAUCAUGCACUACGCCCGGAACACCUUCUCAAGAGGGGUUUUCUUAGACACCAUCCUCCCCCGCCGAGAUGACAGUGGCGUCAGGCCAACCAUUGGCCAGCGCGUGCGGCUCAGUCAGGGAGACAUCGCUCAAGCCAGGAAGCUGUACAAGUGCCCAGCAUGUGGGGAGACUCUGCAGGACACAACGGGGAACUUCUCUGCACCUGGCUUUCCAAACGGCUACCCUUCUUAUUCCCACUGCGUCUGGAGGAUAUCGGUCACUCCAGGGGAAAAGAUCGUCUUAAACUUCACGUCCAUGGAUUUGUUUAAAAGCCGCCUGUGCUGGUACGAUUACGUGGAGGUCCGGGAUGGUUAUUGGAGGAAAGCCCCCCUGUUGGGCAGGUUUUGCGGCGAUAAAGCCCCAGAGCCCCUCGUCUCCACGGACAGCCGGCUCUGGGUGGAGUUCCGGAGCAGCAGCAACAUCCUGGGCAAGGGUUUCUUCGCGGUGUAUGAAGCUACGUGUGGGGGAGACAUUAACAAGGACGCUGGUCAGAUUCAAUCUCCUAACUACCCGGAUGACUACAGACCUUCCAAGGAAUGUGUUUGGAGGAUUACGGUUUCAGAGGGAUUUCACGUGGGGCUUGCCUUCCAGGUGUUUGAGAUCGAAAGGCAUGACAGCUGUGCAUACGACUACCUGGAGAUCCGUGAUGGCCCCUCGGAGGAGAGCGCCCUGAUUGGCCACUUCUGUGGCUAUGAGAAGCCAGAGGACGUGAAAUCAAGCUCCAACCAGAUGUGGAUGAAGUUUGUGUCCGAUGGCUCUAUCAAUAAAGCGGGCUUUGCAGCCAAUUUUUUCAAGGAGGUGGACGAGUGUUCCUGGCCAGAUCGUGGCGGGUGUGAGCAGCGCUGCGUCAACACUCUGGGCAGCUACAAUUGUGCAUGUGACCCUGGCUACGAGCUGGCCGCCGAUAAGAAGGCAUGUGAAGUGGCCUGUGGCGGCUUCAUUACCAAGCUGAAUGGGACCAUCACCAGCCCUGGGUGGCCCAAGGACUAUCCUACCAACAAAAACUGUGUCUGGCAGGUGGUGGCCCCGGCUCAGUACCAGAUCUCCCUUCAGUUUGAAGUGUUUGAACUGGAAGGCAAUGACGUCUGUAAGUACGACUUCGUGGAGGUGCGCAGCGGCCUGUCCCCCGACGCCAGGCUGCACGGCAGGUUCUGCGGCUCCGAGACCCCCGAGGUCAUCACCUCGCAGAGCAACAACAUGCGCGUGGAGUUCAAGUCGGACAACACGGUCUCCAAACGCGGCUUCCGGGCCCACUUCUUCUCAGACAAGGAUGAGUGCGCCAAGGACAACGGCUGGUGCCAGCACGAGUGCAUCAACACGUUCGGGAGCUACCUGUGCCGGUGCAGGAACGGCUACCGGCUCCACGAGAACGGACACGACUGUAAAGAGGCGGGCUGUGCGCACAAGAUCAGCAGUGCAGAGGGGACCCUGGCGAGCCCCAACUGGCCUGACAAAUACCCCAGCCGGCGGGAGUGCUCCUGGAAUAUUUCUUCCACCGCGGGCCACAGGGUGAAACUCACGUUUAAUGAGUUUGAGAUCGAGCAGCACCAGGAAUGCGCCUAUGACCACCUGGAAGUGUAUGACGGACCCGACACCCAGGCCCCCAUCCUUGGCCGUUUCUGCGGCAGCAAGAAGCCAGACCCCGUGGUGGCUGCGGGCAGCAGCCUGUUCCUCAGGUUUUAUUCAGACGCCUCGGUGCAGAGGAAAGGCUUCCAGGCGGAGCACAGCACAGAGUGUGGGGGCAGGCUGAAGGCCGAAGUGCAGACCAAAGAGCUCUAUUCUCAUGCCCAGUUUGGGGACAACAACUACCCAAGUCAGGCCCGCUGUGACUGGGUGAUUGUGGCGGAGGACGGCUACGGCGUGGAGCUGAUAUUCCGGACCUUUGAGGUCGAGGAGGAGGCGGACUGUGGCUAUGACUACAUGGAGGCCUACGACGGCUAUGACAGCACGGCGCCCAGGCUCGGCCGCUUCUGUGGCUCUGGGCCGUUGGAAGAAAUCUACUCUGCAGGGGAUUCUCUGAUGAUUCGCUUCCACACGGACGACACCAUCAACAAGAAAGGCUUUCAGGCCCGGUACACCAGCACCAAGUUCCAGGACGCCCUGCACAUGAAGAAAUAAUGUCGAUGUUCUCGGAAGACAGUGACUGAGAAGGUUUUUUUUUUUAAUAAAAAUAGCACCUUGUGAAUCUGCCCUGAAAAACAAUGUACAGUAUUUUUCUCAAACAAAACCUCAGAAUCUAGCCUUGGGGGCGUGUAGUUGAUGAAGUUUGGCCGACGAGGAAGAGAUGUCCCUUUGGUUCCAGUUGCAGCAUGAUCAGUUACGGACUUUUAAAGAUGAAGGUUUGAAGCCACUAAUCACUCAAGCUAUGCCUGUCAUUACCCAUGCUCCUUGUCCCUUCUCCUCUGGGGCAAAAGGCCAGCCCCCGGGGUGGUCACUCCUCCAUUUCUGGGUGUGCUUCCGUAGGUGCCAGUAACCUGACCGUGUGCUGGAGACUCCGGCUGUCUUCUGUCUGCACUGGGCACUGAGGACGAGAGCUUGGCCGAGGCUGGUUUGUUACUCACAGCUUUGGGCAGAGACUCCUCCAGCGACAGGUUAACCGGGAAACCCAAGAAUAUGGACAUCGGGACGGAAACAGGCAUCACAGUGGGCAGCACACAGAGGGAGCUCGAGUAUUGAGAGUCAUUGUCACCAAGUUGGGAGACCUCAAGCCUCUCUUCUGUGUCAUCAGCUCUCCCUGCCCCCUGGGUUUCCCCCUCAUCCCUAAGUGCAUCAGGGGGCUAAGGCAUCUGCCGUGAAUCCCAGCAGUACGCUGGCGUGUGAGGGUCCCCCGUUUGCUGAGAAGAAAACAUCCUGGCUCGUUGCGAUGCCCCUUUGCUCACUGGCUUUGAGAAGACC